AUGGCCGCAGGUGACUACAUCUCUAGAGCUAGCCAGCUUUCCCGCAAGCUACAUAUUGGGAGCUUCUAUGUAGGAUUGAUAACCGGGCUAAGGCAACAUAUACCUCACAUGACCAUGAGUAAAUUAGUAGGCUCGCCUGCAAUUGGCUUGUUUGUAUUUGAGACGAGAUUGAACGACGACCACAAUAAGAUAACGCGGACUGAUGUAGAUCAACGGAGAACAAUAGCCGGGGGCAGAGCCAGUGCCAGUUACGGAACCAGAAAUGCCCAAAGUAAGUGCAACUCUUACCGCAACGUGUCCCUGAGCUCCGAAGCACGUUCAUUGCCGAAACCUUAA